GUUUUCUACUUCAAAAGUAACCCAUCUUUUUCUCAUUUCUGAAGCAAAAUCAUGUUCAAAAGUUUCUGAAAAAAUUCAGAGUAUAAUUUCAGCUAGUCUUUAGUCAACGACAGACAGAGAAUUUAUAUUCAGCAAACACACUAUAGUUGUCCACAUUCAUAGGAGUAUAGUAUCUUAAAGUGUCCCACUUUUUCUUGAUUUGCUGACUCAAUAAAUAUAAUUGAAAAACCCAGCAAGCAACUCUCACCAAUUCUAUUACCAUGAUUUGCCGGAAAAUUUAUCACCGGAAUUCUGUCCGGCAGAACAUUUUCCGGUGGUUUUCUGUUUCUCCGGUGGCAGCUGCUACUACUACUGUAUUAUGUAGUGCCAAGAAUAUUCAGUCUCAACUUCACUUUUUUAGAAAUUAUACGACCCCGUUUUCCUCAUUUAGUAAGUCAAAUGCUUCAUUUACUCUUAGGGGGUACAGUUUUUCAACUCAAGUUGCAUUGAAUCUUCCUGCUGGUGGGGUAAUUGAUAUACCUCUGGCACAAACUGGUGAAGGCAUUGCUGAAUGUGAACUUCUCAAAUGGUUUGUUCAGGAGGGGGACCAGGUUGAAGAAUUCCAACCUCUUUGUGAAGUUCAGAGUGACAAGGCAACGAUUGAAAUAACAAGUCGUUACAAAGGAAAAAUUUCUCAAAUCCUUCAUGUUCCUGGUAACAUCGUCAAGGUUGGAGAAACACUUCUGAAGAUUGGCGUUGAUGAAGUUCCUAAUCCUAUUGAGUCUUCUGAUCCUUCAGAAAAGAUGUCAUCACUAGAAUCUGAUAUUAGUGGUUCAAGUGACAUCAGCUCUGUGCCUGAAAAAACCAAGAUUGAUGGAGUGUCAUCCACACCUGCUGUCCGCAACCUUGCAAAGCAAUAUGGUGUAGACAUAAAUGAUGUACCUGCAACUGGGAAAGGUGGACGGGUACUUAAAGAGGAUGUGAUAAAUUACGCAAUGCAGAAAGGACUAACUAAUGAAGCACCAGCAUGUGCACAACAACAACAUUCAGAGGUUUCAUCUCUCAUUGGAGGGGGAUAUGAAGAUAGGACACUUCAGCUAAGGGGUUAUCAGCGUGCCAUGGUUAAGUCAAUGACAUUAGCUGCAAAAAUUCCACAUUUUUAUUAUGUAGAAGAGAUGAAUUGUGGUGCACUUGUGGAUCUCAAGACAUCAUUCCAGAAUGAGAAUUCUGAUCCAGAGAUCAAGCACACAUUCCUUCCUGUCCUCAUAAAAUCACUUUCGAUGACUUUAACUGCACAUCCCAUGCUAAAUAGUCGCUUCAAUGAAGAAUCCUAUGAGGUCAUCCUAAAAGGGUCCCACAACAUUGGAAUAGCAAUGGCUACUCCAAAUGGUUUGGUUGUACCAAACAUAAAAAAUGUUCAGUCUCUCUCAGUCUUGGAGAUAACAAAAGAACUGUCACGGCUACUGAAAUUUGCUAAGAUAAACAAGCUUAGUCCUGAUGAUAUAUCAGGGGGAACUAUUACUCUAAGCAAUAUCGGAGGAAUUGGUGGAAAGUUUGGUUCCCCGCUUAUAAAUUCACCUGAAGUUGCCAUCAUAGGAAUGGGCCGGAUCCAGAAAAUUCCACAAUUUGCUGAAGAUGGGAAUAUAUAUCCUGCAUCAGUCAUGACGAUAAAUAUAGGUGCAGAUCAUAGAGUUCUUGAUGGAGCAACUGUUGCAAGGUUCUGCAAUGACUGGAAAAAGUUUGUUGAAAAGCCAGACCUCCUGUUGUUGCAUACAAGAUAAAUUCUCGUAUCCGAAAGUUGAUCUGAAAUAAUGUACGUCCAUUCCAAGAAAAAGGCUCAUUUUGGCCUUCCUUCUCAUUGUAUUGUUGGUAUAGAGAUCAAUUGGCUUAUAGAUGUCCUGAAAGAAAGAAUCACUAAUCUAAUAGAUGAAGGCAUGUUAGUAUGCAACGUUACCUA